UAGCAUAGUAUGUGUGUGUGUUGUGCAUGAUACUGAGUGUUGCGUGUGGGACAUCCAGGGUGAUCCAGARUGCGAACAUUGCGUCACCAUUCUGGAAGAUUUUGAAUAAUUAAAACUGCCAUGAAUGCAACAACAAGGAGAAGAAAGGGAGAAGGAAGGGAGAAGAAAGGAAGAAUGGAGGGGGAAAGUGUGGUUGGUAUGGAAGAUAUUAAGGUGCUUGACUUCCGCACGGCCUUUCAAGGAAGUGUGUUUGAGAAAUAUCACAUUCUUCCGCUGCAGGUCGCAUCUUUCGACACCUGCCGACUUAGUAAAUGGUGCGAACACUUCAUCGACCUCCAAAUGAAGCCUGAUGAUGAUGGCGAUGUUGAUGAUGAUGACGCUCAUGCGGAAUACUUUGCCAAUCGGUUGAAGCAGCAGGGACUCGUCGGAGGUGGCGAUUCGGCGGAUUGCCACACAUUUGUUAAGAAUGCACUGAUGUUUUUCGAACAGUACACAGACGAACUCUACUGGGAUUUUUGCUGUCAAACUGGUGAGCCGGCAGAAGAUCCUGAGGAGUACCACAACAUUUUGGAGAGUGAAUUGGAACCGUCAGAUUUCUGUGAGGAGUUGCAACACUUCCUCUUUGAGCACCUUACUUCAGAUCUGCUAGAGAAUUGUUUUGGCUGUUUUGGAACCAACUUGAAACAUGAAAGUGAUACGGACAUUGCCCAGAGAUUGUAUGACUAUGGCCGAUGGAUGCGCGCCGAACGCAACUGUGCCGAGUUGCGGAGUCUUUUUAUGACUCUACACCAGAUUGAUUUCGAUCUCAUUGGAAUGGAUGGUCAGCAUUUUCCUUUGCGAAUGUUAUUGUUGGAGGAGAAGCCAAAUGACGAGAACGGCCCGUCUUGGUGCGCUGAGGUCAGCGAUCGGGAAAACGGGGCCCUGAUUGCAGAUUCCAUCAAUAAAGAAGAAGGCUGGAAAAUUCGCUGGAGGUUUCGGACGAAAGUUCGGUCAACACUCACAGGGGUUGUCGAACGGUACAAGCCUCAUGGAGACAUCCCUACGAUGUUGAUAGAUCUGUGUUGGUGUGAUGAGUUGUUUGGAGCGAAGUUCAUAGGGGAUUGCCGACAGUUUUCUCACCACCUCGAUCCCGAGACUAGAAGACUUCUUUCUGAGCUCACUCCCGAACAGUUGAAAUCAGUGAACGAUCUUAAACAAGCGUCAUUUUGUCAACAUAACUGGAUUAUCUAUUCUACGCAUUCGGAGUUUGAACGUCUGAUUCCCAUUGCCGCUAACAUGGGGCCAAUAUGCGGUCAAGCGCGCAAGGACUUCAAGAGGUUCGAUGAAGUCGUCGACAAGUACCGGCUUCGACCAUCGUUGCUGAGAGAUGUGGUGGAGUUUCAAUGCCAACACUUUAGACGAAUCCUCAAGGGCACAAUCUGGCAGAAUCUACCGCAGGAAUUGGUCAUCCGCAUCGCUGAGUUUUUGCCACGCCGAUGUACGAUAAGUCGGUGUUUGGAAUGAAACGGUUACCAUGCCUGCGCAUGAUC